AUGCGUCUCCUAUACUGGAUUGCGGCCACCUUGCCUUUGGCCUCUGCUGUCCCCGUCGCCCCUCAGGAUAAAACCCUGACUAGAGGGUCAAACGUCCACCCCAGACAACUCGGCAACGUCCUUACCCUCGCCAAGGGCGACGACCCCAUUAGCAAACUCCUUCGAAACUACAGCGGCGGCUCUCUCAGUAGCCGUGACAUGGCUUCAAAGCACGAGCCAAGAGGUGCCGCAGGGCCCCUUGACAGCAUCACAAACACCCUUGCAGGUCUAACUGGCAAAGGCAGCGUUUCAGGUUUAUUAAACAGUGGCUCGAAAUAA